AUGAUGUUACUUCUACUAUUGUUUGGAUGCCAUCUGAUGGUUGCCAUGGCUGAUCAUAAAAUAGGCGGUGAUUUGGCGUCAUACUUCAACCUGACGGAUAGUCAGUUGGACGCAAUCAGAUUAGAAGCUCUGGCAAUAUUAAAGAAUGAAACUGAUUUACAGGACAGCUGCGAAGAUCUAGAUGAAGCUGCGAAUGCAGCAGGCUCUACUAUACAACAGCACAGCUCCAUCACCUACACCUCCCUCGACAGCACUCGCCGGGGAGAGGAACAUCGGCUCAACGUCAUCAUAUCGACGCUUAUUUUAAAACUAGUUCGGCAAUUAGGUGACGUACCAACGUCAAUUUUGGAGGAAGGAUUUGGACCCGAGGUCAUCUGCGACGUGGAAUACACAUGCAACACGAAAUCCGCCUUCCGGACAGCCGAUGGCCAUUGCAACAACCUCGAACACACAUCGUGGGGGAGGUCGUUUAUUCCAAUGAGGCGAUGGAUGACUCCGGUAUAUGAGGACAAUGUGUCGAGCCCGAGAAAGUUUGCCGUGUCGGGAGCGCCUAAUCUGUUACCCAGUGCUCGGACCGUCAGCACUACCGUCCACAUCCCUUCAACAGACGCCGACCUCAGCGCCAACUUCACCGUCAUGUUGAUGCAGUGGGGUCAGUUCCUGGACCACGACAUCACCAGUACUCCCAUUCAAGAGCUAAGGCAUCCUGGAUGUAGCCAUUCCUCAACGGUUGCUUGUUGUGAAGGCCUCGCUGAAAGUGGAGGCGUACCACAGGACGAAUUAGAUAAAAGACCCCAGUGCCUUGCUAUUGACAUCGUGCAGCCUGACAGACGCUUCAAUUAUACGUGUAUGAAUUUUGUGCGCUCCGUGCAAAUUGAGAACGCCAACUGUAAAUCAGCCCCUGCAGAGCAGAUGAACCAGAUCACAGCCUACAUAGACGCUUCACAGGUGUACGGGUCGUCACAGGAGGAACAGAACAGACUACGGACAUUUGUUGACGGAAAAAUGAGAACUGUAGACGACGAAUUCCUGCCAGAAGACACGGAGAAUGAAGAGGCUUGCAGGACUCAGACCUCGCCAGAUUACUGCUUUCUUGCCGGUGACCAUCGGGUGAAUGAGAACCCUGGGUUGCAGAGUAUGCAAACCACUUUCAUGAGGGAACACAACCGUUUGGCAACCGCCUUGAAGGACCUGAACUGUCACUGGGGGGAUGAGAGGAUAUUCCAGGAAGCCAGGAAGAUCGUUGGGGCAUACGUGCAGAAAAUAACCUACGGAGACUACCUGCCUCUUAUCAACGGAGAUCAGAUGAAUGCGCAUGAACUGACGCUCGAGACGUCAGGAUACUCCAACGUCUACGAUAACGAAACCGAUGCCAGCAUCAGGAACGCCUUCGCAACAGCCGCCUAUAGGUUUGGUCACUCCAUGGUCCGACUAUUCUUAUCUAGUUAUAGUCCAGCAUAUGACAAUCUUGGGCAAAACCAACUGAGGGAAGUGUUCGAUAAUACCCAUCUUAUUAUAAGCGAAGAGAACAGAACUGUCGGUGGCUUUCUUAGGGGCUUGGUAACAGAAUGUGUACAGUCCGUAGACGGUAAAGUAUCUCAAGAGUUGACCGAUCACCUGUUCCCUGACGGUAACAGAAGCAUGGACCUUGCAUCGCUCAACAUCCAGAGAGCACGUGAUCACGGCAUACCCGCCUACACUAAAUGGAGGACGUUCUGUGGGCUUCCUGAGGCAACUGAUUUCGACGGCUUGUUGACGACCCAUUCGAAUGCCUCUACUGUCAAGCUUGCGGCAGCAUACGAGCAUGUGGACGACAUUGACCUGUGGACAGGGGGACUGACUGAAGAACCUGUAACAGGUGGAGUCGUCGGACCAACAUUAGCCUGCCUCCUCGGGAGACAAUUUGAGGCUCUCAGGAAAGGAGACCGAUUCUGGUUUGAAGAAGACAAUGACUACGCUAAAUUCUCCCCCGGUUAGAUUCUAACACAUUUAUUUGUAUUUUUUCCGGAAUAUAUAAACUGACGGCCAAAAGAAAGUAUACCCUAAUAUUUGAUGGUAGCUA